AUGGCUUCUACCGAAGCUGAACCCCGCAGCGCCAUCGUCAUCGACGACGAUACAGAUGCAGAGACACCUCGGUCCCCGCCGCGAGAGCUACGGAGAAAGAGACGCCUUGUGGACUAUAGCCUCCCGGAGUAUGAGGCUCUGUUUGAUGGCCCAGCGCUCCUCAAUUCCUCCGCAUCCACAACAUCACAGCCGCCGAAGAAACGCAAAAUACCCAACUUGAAAGUAGCUCUGGCGACAGCAAAUCAAGAAAUUCACACCAUAUUUGAAGCAGAGUCCGCGAAGAUCGGGGACCUACAAGAAGAAGUGCAGCGCCUGAAGAAGAGGAACACCGAGCUAGAAAUCAAGCACCGUGCAGAGCUGAUCAGGAAAAACGACAAGAUCUGCAAGCUAGAGGCUGAGGUCAGCGAACUGGAGCAUCGAUGUCAAUGUCCAAUAUGCUAUACCAUCCCUUCAGAGUGGAAAACCCUCCUGUGCGGGCACAGGUUCUGCCCAGGGUGCCUUUCUCCUGACCCAGAGACCUGUGGAUCAUGUCGUCGAGAUUUCGCUGGCUAUAUAAAGAGUUAUUAG